UAUAUUUCUCCGUGUGGCUUGGAAAUUAUAGGCGAGAGGAGAGAGGAAGGGCGAGGGGUGGCUCGGAGUUUUCGUGACAGUAAAUCUUUCGGGCCUCGGCCACCUUCUUCCGUCCCAUUGGUGACUAAUUUUUGAAAAAUUGUGCCACCACCACCCACAGAGAAAAGUGAGAGAGAGAUAGAAGAGAGAGAGAGAGAUGUCAUUGACGAACGAACCCUAACGCCGGAGAGCGGCAAUCGGGAGUUAUACUUCUGAUUCCAACUUUCUUUGUCGUCUUGGGUUCCGUUUGCAUCAUCUCCCCACGCAUACAGGGUUUGACCUAGAGUUGCUAGACGCUGGACUCAUUUCCUCCAGCCAAGAAGGUCCAAACCUACACGGAAGAAAUAAAUCUGGUUCCAGUUUUGGUCGGAACAGUCGUUUUCCUGUGAUGGUCGUUUUCAAAGAGUCGAUUGAUGAUGGGUUGGAAUCUGUGGUUGAAUGAUUUGCGGUCGUUCUUGCAUGUUCUCCUUCGUUGAAGUCGGAUGUGGCCAUUUUUUCAUCUUGGGUUGGAUGUUUUGGUGGAAUUCUGAGAUGGUUUUCUGGUUUCUUGGUCAUUCUGUGGGAAUUCGUGUCGGUCCGGGAUGGGUUUGGUAAAUCUGUCGUUAUUCUGACGUGGAUUGUUGUCUAUUUUAUGGUUUCGUGGCGAAGUUUGAGUUCAUGGCAUCAAUGAGAACUGCUGUAUAGAGUUUGGUUUUUGACGGAAUUCUGUGGUGGGUCUUGCUUUAACUUGGUGAUCCGCAGGAAGGCUUUAUCAAAUUGUGCUUGAGUUGAUUGAAACAGUGCAUGUCUGAGUUGCGUUUCUGGUGAUUUUGACGAUUGUGCGGCACUCGAGUCAGCCGGUUAUAGUUUAGGUGAUGGGGAAUUCGUUUGGUUGUUCUGCAUCUGGAGAGCGUUUGGUUUCUGCUGCUAGAGAUGGCGAUCUUAUUGAAGCUCGCAUGCUACUGGAAUUCAACCCCUGUCUCGCUAAAUACUCCACAUUCGGUGGCCUCAAUUCCCCACUCCAUUUUGCUGCUGCGAAAGGCCACAAUGAGAUCGUGAACUUGUUGCUUGAACAUGGAGCAGAUGUUAACUCAAGGAACUAUUGCGGUCAGACAGCGUUGAUGCAUGCUUGUCGAUAUGGGCACUGGGAAGUGGUCCAGACUCUUCUCUUAUACAAAUGCAAUGUAACUAGAGCAGAUUACCUUAGUGGUAGAACAGCAUUGCACUUUGCUGCUGUUAAUGGUCAUGCCAGGUGUAUAAGACUUGUUGUCUCUGACUAUAUUCCUAGUGAGCCCUAUGAUUUGAUCACUUCUCCAGUAUGCAGCGACAAAAGCUCAAUGAAGCAAAAAUAUGAUAAAAAUGCCCUUUCCAAAUUUGUAAACAAGGCUGCUGAUGGUGGUAUAACAGCUCUUCAUGUGGCUGCACUACAUGGGUAUUUUGAUUGUGUGAAAUUGUUACUUGAUAUAAAUGCAAGUGUUUCAGCAGUGACAUUCCACUAUGGUACCUCGAUGGAUUUGAUAGGUGCUGGAAGUACUCCUUUACAUUAUGCUGCAUGUGGGGGAAAUCUGAAGUGUUGCCAGGUUCUUAUUUCAAAAGGUGCUAGCCGAAUUGCGUUGAACUGCAAUGGGUGGCUACCAGUUGAUGUUGCCAGAUUAUGGGGACGUCACUCUUUAGAGCCUCUGUUAGCACCCAACUCUGACGUGAUUAUUCCAACUUUUACUCCAUCAAAAUAUCUAGCAGUACCUCUUUUGAGCAUAAUGAUCAUUGCAAGAGAAUAUGGGUUGCAAUCUGCAAGCGCCUCACAAGAUGAUGGUGAUCUUUGUCCUGUCUGUUUGGAGAAAGCGUGUUCUGUGGCUGCUGAAGGUUGCGGUCACGAAUUUUGCGUCAAGUGUGCCCUUUAUCUCUGCUCCACCAACAGCGUGGCAUCUGAUGCAGUUAGUCCCCCUGGUUCAAUUCCUUGUCCCCUCUGCCGCAGUGGAAUUGUUUCUUUCAUCAAGUUACCCUGCUCUCCUACCAAGGACCUUCAGUUGAGCUCCUCUCUUGUUUUCUGUACACCAUGCAUGCUUCAGACUCAUGGCUGUGCACCACAAUCUGCCAACAUUUGUAGAUCUGAGUUCCGGAAGAAUCGAGUUGCAUCUGUUUCAUCGGAUAUGUUUUGUACAGUCUCAUGCAGCCCAUUCCCAUCUGUCACCAUCCCAUCUUGUGCAUGCAACGAUGGCCCUUGCUCUUCACUUGAGUGCCAGGAGGAUGAAAAUAGAGAUGCAUCUCAGCCUUCAGAAACCAUUCCCGUGGAGCAGGACAAAAUGGAAGGGCCAAGAAUAGGGAGAACAGGUUGCUCAAAGCUCUUUCGGCACAGAAGAAGCUUUCAAAGAGAGCAGCAGUGUAAUUCUGAGAUAAAUAUAUAAUAUAUAUUCUUUUUUUUGCUGUCUAUGAUUGGUUGCUGUUUGGAACUGUAGUGUAAACGUGUGUUUUGGGGCUCUUACUGCAGCGUCUCACUGCAUCUUUUUCAACUCUGCUGUUAUAUCAUUCUCAGCUUCGUGGUGGUUAGAAGGUUGGCCACACAAAUUUAUAGGAAUCAGGAAAGAAGCAUUGAAUUGUUGCCUGUGGUGAUUGUUUUCCUAAUAAAUGACUGAACGACUGAUUUAAUUUAACUUUUA